AUGUCAAACACAGGGCCCGCCACCAAGAAGCAGAGAAUGGAUGUCAAGACCAUAGGCACUCAUAAUGGCACCUUCCAUUGCGAUGAAGCACUGGCGGUCUUUCUUCUACGUCAGACAACCACCUAUAAAGAUGCAAGCCUAAAACGCAGUAGGGACCCAGCUGUCCUCGAUGAUUGCGACAUAGUAGUUGACGUGGGAGCUAUAUAUGAUGAAAGCAAACAGCGUUUUGAUCAUCAUCAGCGUGGUUUUACGGAGGUGUUCGGUCAUGGCUUCAGCACCAAACUUUCAUCUGCAGGUCUUAUCUACAAGCAUUUUGGAAAGGAGAUUGUCGCAAGUGUGGCAGGGUUAGAUCCGAGUGACAGGAAAGUUGACACACUGUGGUUGAAGAUGUACAGGGAAUUUAUUGAGGCCCUGGAUGCAAUUGACAACGGGAUCUCGCAAUACUCCUCCCAAGAACAACCGAAAUAUCGCAAUCGGACUGAUCUAUCAAGUAGAGUUGGAUGGCUUAAUCCUCGCUGGAACGAGUCCUGCAGAACCCUGUUUUUGAAAGCUUCCCAGCUGACCGGGGAAGAGUUCCUUGGCAGGCUUGACUAUUAUACCAAUGCAUGGUUGCCUGCGCGUGACUUGGUAUUGGCUGGGCUCUCAUCACGCCAGAAUGUCGAUGCUAGUGGAAAGAUCAUACUCUUUGAGCAAUUUGCUCCAUGGAAGGAACAUUUGUUUGAACUCGAGGUUGAACGGGGUGUUUCCGGAGAUGAACUUCCUUUCUAUGUGAUAUACCCUGACGAGACUGGGGGAAACUGGCGUAUUCAGGCAGUCCCUGUCUCCCCUGAGAGCUUUGACAGUCGAAAGGCGCUUCCCGAUCAGUGGAGAGGGGUGCGUGAUGACGAGCUUUCAAAAAUAAGCGGUGUAGACGGAUGCAUAUUCGUGCAUGCAUCAGGGUUUAUUGGAGGGAAUAAGACGAAAGAAGGUGCUUUGAACCUAGCAAAAUUAGCACUUACGAUGUAAUCGGGGUCUCGCUUUCGGGGCAUCUUCAUCUCGGUAGCCCAGUGUUCAUGUGCCACGCAAGUUACCGUUAUACAGCGGGCAACUGAUAGACCGAAUGUCCUUGUUCUUGGGUGAAAACAGUGACAACCAUUCAGACCCGACCUACGUAAUCGGAGUUGCCGUAGGUGAUCAUUGCCUUUCUGUCCAUGUUAGAGUUACUUGCUGCAGACACGUUUUGAUCUACAGCCUACGCGAACCAAGGUGUGCGGUAUUUGAACUCAUUCGGCCGCGGUACUCGACCUCGUGUUU